GCUGACUCUGACUGGUAGGCUUGGCAAUGCCGCUAGCAUUUCUACCCCUUGUUAUAGAAUACAGCGUGCAAGACUCAAAGCAUCUGGAAAACCACUAGAGAAAAAUGGGUUCCCAGAAAAUUCAAUUGGCUAUUAUUUGCUUUAUCUGGGCUUCACUAACGUGCCUCUGUUUCAGCCUCCCAAGCGAGUACUCCAUACUGGGUCAUGACCAGGAGAACUUCCCUUCUGAGGAAAGAGUCGUAGAGCUCUUCCAACGAUGGAGGCAGAAGCACAGAAGGGUGUACAAGCACGCAGAGGAGGUGGAGAAAAGGUUCGAGAAUUUCCGCAUGAAUUUGGAGUACAUAGUAGAAAAGAAUACAAGGAGCAGAAGGUCUCCCAAAGCGCAUCGCUUGGGGUUGAACAGGUUUGCCGAUAUGAGCAAUGAGGAAUUCAGGGAGGUUUAUAUGUCUAAGGUCAAAAGGCCCUUCACCGAGAAGAGCAACACUCUCAUAAGCAGCAAGAGGCAGCGAAAGUUGCGAUCUUGUGACGAUGCUCCUUCGUCCUUGGAUUGGAGGAGCAAGGGGAUUGUGACUGGCGUUAAGGACCAAGGCUCUUGUGGAAGUUGUUGGUCAUUCUCUUCAACUGGUGCUAUAGAAGGAAUAAACGCCUUAGUCACUGGUGACCUUGUUAGCCUUUCGGAACAAGAACUUGUGGAUUGUGAUACAACCAACGAGGGAUGUGAUGGAGGCUAUAUGGACUAUGCUUUUGAAUGGGUAAUAAGCAAUGGUGGGAUUGAUACAGAAGCUGAUUAUCCCUACACAGGUGUGGAUGGUACUUGCAACACUACUAAGGAGGAAACCAAAGUCGUAACCAUUGAUGGCUAUGAAGAUGUGUCAGAAUCAGACAGUGCUCUCUUGUGUGCUACUGUUCAGCAGCCCAUUAGUGUGGGUAUAGAUGGCUCCGCUAUGGACUUUCAACUAUACACAAGUGGUAUCUACGAUGGUGAUUGUUCAAGUGAUCCUGAUGACAUCGACCAUGCAGUUUUGGUAGUGGGCUAUGGUUCUGAAGAUGGUGAAGACUAUUGGAUAGUGAAGAACUCAUGGGGAACAGACUGGGGUAUGGAGGGAUACAUAUAUAUAAGAAGGGACACUAAUUUAACAUAUGGAGUCUGUGCGAUUAAUGCCAUGGCUUCCUAUCCAACCAAGGAAUCUUCCUCAAGUUCUCCGCCACCACCACCUACACCCGUGACACCCCCACCCCCACCACCACCUGUGACACCACCACCACCUCCUUCUCCUUCACCAAGUGAAUGUGGAGAUUCCUCCUAUUGUCCAAGUGAUGAGACGUGCUGCUGUAUAUAUGAAGUCUAUGGUUCUUGCCAGAUCUAUGGUUGCUGUCCAUAUGAAAAUGCUGUUUGCUGUACCGGAACUGAGUACUGCUGCCCAAGUGGUUACCCCAUUUGUGAUAUCCAAGAAGGGCUCUGUCUCAAGAACUAUGGAGAUUACUUGGGAGUAGAUGCUAGGAGGCGGAAGAUGACCAAACACAAGUUCCCAUGGUCUAAAUUAGAACAAAAGGAGAAGGGAUACCAACCUCUCGAGUGGAAGAGAAAUCGGUUAAGUGCAUUACACCGAGAGAGGGAGCAAAUUUAGAAGUUCUAUAAUGUUUGCUGAUGAUUGUUGCUCUAGUUAUUUCAAUUUCUUCAAGGGCAGGCGCUGUGAAAGGCGUUUUUAUGGCUUUGGAAUAUAUACUGUAAGCAAAACCGGAUACUUUCUCCAGAUGGUGUAUCGGAAACAAUCAUUUUCAUUCAUAAAUACUAUGUUUACUUGGUUUAGAUUGUAGCACAACGUUCAAAGCAGCUAAGACGUUCUGUUCUGGUUCAGGCAUUGUAAUACAAGCAAGUGGGAAUAAGAGAUCUGUUGUGCAA